AUGGCCUUAGUCACUGAGGACUCUCAGACAGAAGGAGAACACAACAGCGCUUCAAUGCAACCAUCCGGGCAGUCGGCCACCACAAGGCCUUCGACUGUCUCUGAUCAACAUGCGAGUCCUAAUACCCAACCAAGCGUCGUUGGAGAAAGCUGGUACGCUUCCUAUGUCAUGCGAGGUUACACGCCCGGCCACAAUAGCGUUCACCGCCCAAUUGGCGAGUGUAACGAGACAGUUCAGAGUGUAACCCGUGAUAAGAGGAGAGAGAGUGUCUGCAGUCGGUCAUCCUUGCCUCGUGAAAAGACGACCCUGUCGGAUCUCCCAUCACCAGAGUUAGUGGAUCGUCUCAUCAAGGUCUACUUCGAAAAGUUUCACGCUUUUUGUCCAAUCCUUGGAAAGACGUACUUCCUUGCAUCUCUCGACGACGGGACAUCAUCUGGUACCCUACUCCGAAGUGUCCUUUUCGUGGCAUCUUUGCAUUGUGAUCCUGAGGUAAUGCACCUCAAGGGGUACAGCACUCAGUGGGAUGCCAGCAAUACUCUGUACAACAAAGCAAGCGCAGCCUUCGACGCAGAUCGGGAAUCAAGUCGAACACACAUGAUACUGUCGUCGUACCUACUUCACUAUUGGUUCGGAAGUCCCACGGCUUAUCGUGAUUGCCACUGGUGGCUUGCAGCUGCGAUACGAUCCGCGCAAUGCACAGGUUAUCAUAGGAGCACAAGGAAUAGUAAGAUGUCACCUGAGGAAAGGUCGCAUUGGAAGCGCAUCUGGUGGUGUCUUUAUGUCCGUGAUCGUCAGAUCGCCAUCUCUACCGGGACGCCGAUGGUAAUCAACGACCAAGAUCAUGAUGUCGAAGAACUUGUCGAGGAAGACUUUGCGGAGGAAGCUCCGGAGACUGUGCAGUAUGUCAUAUCCCAGGUCAAGCUGAGUAAAGCUAUGGCUCGACUAUACUUCUCCCACUGCUCGCCUUCCCGUCUAUCUCUCUGUAAAGAAGCUCAUGUUAUCCAUGAAGCCAUGAGAGAUAUUCAGUCGACGCUACAAGCCUGGUACGAGUCGUCUCCGGGCUUGAACUUCUCCAACGGUAACCAUCAUCUAAGUCUAACACUGAAAUUACUAUUUGAUAAACCUCAGCCAGAGGCUACAAAGACAGUGCUGCGCAUCUAA